AUGCAGAGUGUAAUAAAUACUGUGAAAGGCACAGCGCUGGGAGUAGCCGGUUAUCUUACACCGGUGUUGAAGGAGUCAAAGUUCCAAGAAACAGGAGUCCUAACUCCUGAGGAGUUUGUAGCUGCUGGAGACCACUUAGUCCACCACUGCCCUACCUGGCAAUGGGCUAAGGGUGAAGAAUCUAAGCUGAGGCCAUACCUACCAGCUGAUAAGCAGUUCCUUAUAACUAGGAAUGUGCCAUGCUAUAGGCGGUGCAAACAGAUUGAGUACUGUGAGGAUAAAGAGAAGGUGAUAGAAGAUGAAUGUGAUGCCGAUGGAGGGUGGGUAGACACACAUCACUAUGAUAACACUGGAUCUCCUACAGUUGAGGAAAAGGUAUGUGAGAUGACGUUGGAAGCAGCCGACACCGGCGACAGUGACGGUGAGGGUGCCGCUGGUGACCGCGACGACGAUGAUGAUGAAGAGGAUGACGAGGAUGGAGAGGCUGAGGAUAUGGAGCAGUUCCAGGAGUCUGGACUCUUGGAUGAAGUGGACCCAUCAACAGACCUAGCACCGCGCAAGGAGCCCAAAACAAUGCCCGAGAAGAAGCCAAAGUCUGAUGGCGACGAGAUCAUCCGCACGAGGACCUACGACCUCCACAUCACUUACGACAAGUACUACCAGACACCAAGACUCUGGCUCAUCGGGUAUGAUGAGGACCGCACUCUCCUGAGCGUGGAGCAGAUGUACGAGGACGUGUCGCAGGACCACGCCAAGAAGACAGUCACCAUGGAGUCCCACCCACACCUGUCUGGACCUAGCAUGGCCUCCGUGCACCCGUGCCGGCACGCAGAAGUAAUGAAGAAAAUAAUAGAGACUGUCACAGAGAGUGGAGGUGAGAUGGGAGUGCACUCGUACCUGAUAGUGUUCCUCAAGUUCGUACAAACUGUCAUACCGACCAUCGAGUACGACUUUACACAGAACUUCGCCAUCAACUAG